AUGGAGGAGGAGGCUGCGAGGAAGAGGAAGAUGCCUUGGGCCCCCCAGGCAGGCCCCGAGCUGAGGACGGAGAGCCCGGAGGACAAAUCCCCCCGUGAGACCCUGGUGGGAGAGGCCGUUUUGAAGGGCUCCCCGGCGCAGGAAGGCAGCGGGGAGGAAAAGGGCCGGAGAUCCCCCCGCAGGAGGGGCUCCAAAGCCAGCCCAGGGUGCUCUGAGGAGGAAAGACCCAGCCUGUGCCUGGAAGGCGGCCAGAGCUUGAGGGGGAGCUCUGAGCUGGUGGACCCUGAGCAGCCUCCUAGCAGGGAGAAGCCAUUCAGGUGCUUGGAAUGUGGGAAGAGCUUCAGGCAGAGCUCCCAUCUGAUCCGACACCAGCACAUCCACACUGGGGAACAGCCAUACACGUGUGGGGAAUGUGGGAAGAGCUUCAACCAGAGAUCCAACCUCCUCAAGCACCAGCACAUCCACACUGGGGAAUGGCCCUACACGUGUGGGGAGUGUGGGAAGAGCUUUAGGCAGAGCUCCACCCUGAUCCAACACCAGCACAUCCAUAAUGGGGAACGGCCCUACAAGUGCAUGGAAUGUGGGAAGAGCUUUGGGAACAGCUCCCACUUGAUUCAACACCAGCACAUCCACACUGGAGAACGGCCCUACACAUGUGGGGAAUGUGAGAAGGGCUUCAGUGACAGCUCCAGCCUCCGCAAACACCAGCGCAUCCACACUGGAGAACGGCCCUACAAGUGCUUGGAAUGUGGGAAGAGGUUUCAGACCAGCUCACAUGUUCUCCUGCAUGAGCGGACGCACACGGAUGAGAGGCCCUUCCGCUGCACCGACUGCGGGAAGGGCUUCAACCGGAACUCCCACCUCAUCAGGCACCGAUCCAUCCACACCGGGGAGAGGCCCUACAAGUGUGGGGAGUGUGGGAAGAGCUUCACUCACAGCUCCACCCUUCACACCCACCAGCGCGUCCAUACCAAGGAACGGCCCUAUGUGUGUGGGGAAUGUGGGAAGAGCUUCAGUGACAACUCCAGCCUUCACUCUCACCAUCGCAUCCACACUGGAGAACGGCCCUACAAGUGCUUGAAAUGUGGGAAGAGCUUCAUGAAGAGCUCCCACCUCCUCAGCCACCAGCACAUCCACACUGGGGAACGGCCCCACACGUGUGGGGAAUGUGGGAAGAGCUUCAGUUACAUCUCCAGCCUCUGCAGGCACCAGCGCAUCCACACCGGGGAAAGGCCUUACAUGUGUGGGGAGUGUGGGAAGAGCUUCACCCAGAGCUGUAACUUGACCUCACACAAACGGACCCACCAGUAAGGGAAGCCCUCUGAGUGCCCUGACUGCGGGAAGAGCUUCCGCCCCUGCUUCCACCCCAAAUGAACCCCCUGAUGGGGAGACAACCCCUGGAGUCCAGUGACUGUCAGUCCAUCCCUUUCCACCAGAAAGGGCCAGUCCCCUUUCCCAGGGGCAGCUUCUUCCAUCAGAACCCUUCCUGAGGUGGUGUGUGGAGAUUCCUGCC